AUGGCCACUAAAGGCUCCAAGGCAGCUCAAAAGCAGGGUCAGGUUUUAAGUGAGGAAUCACAACAAUCAGCCCAGACCUCCUCGGAACCCCAGAGCGCCCCGACAUGGACGACACAACUCACAGAGGCUGCAAAAAAGAGAUUGCUAGCCUCGGUGUUACAGGACUUUGACGAUGAUAUGCCUCAAUUAGAUGAGGCGGAGUUAGAUGUGCAGGAUAUACAGGAAGUGGAUAUCCAGGAUACUGACGAUCAGGCAGACAUCUUGGCUCAUUACAUACAGCAUAUUCUAUGUACUGAUUCUUCAUCUCUUCCAGCUAUUGACUGGGUGCAGAUUGAUGCCAACUCUUCCGUUCUCCAUGAUGAAUUCAUAGCACACAGAGUGGGACUCAUUCCGCUGACCAGUGAUGACAUUGUGGACAAGCUGCAGUAUUCCCGGGAAUGUACGUGUGAUGAAUUCUGUGCCGAUUGUUCAGUUGAGUUCACUUUGGAUGUACGAUGUAAUGAGGACCAGACAAGACAUGUGACCUCUCGCGACCUUAUAUCCAACAAUCUUCGCGUCAUACCGGUGACGUCACGGAGCAGAGACAACGACCCCAAUGACUAUGUGGAGCAGGAUGAUAUCCUCCUGGUGAAGCUGCGGAAGGGGCAGGAGUUGCGGCUGAGAGCUUAUGCCAAGAAAGGGUUCGGAAAGGAACAUGCGAAGUGGAACCCCACAGCUGGAGUGGCAUUUGAAUAUGAUCCAGACAAUGCACUAAGGCACACAGUGUACCCCAAGCCGGAGGAAUGGCCAAAGAGUGAAUAUUCUGAAAUUGAUGAAGAUGAGGUGGAGGCUCCUUAUGAUCCCAAUGGCAAACCAGAGAGGUUCUACUACAACGUGGAGUCGUGCGGCUCUCUCCGGCCGGAGACGAUUGUCCUUUCCGCUCUGUCUGGUCUGAAGAAGAAACUCAGUGACCUGCAGACCCAGCUAAGCCAUGAGAUACAGAGUGACGUACUCACUAUUAACUGACCCCUCCUCUUUCCUUAGAUGCCCCUCACUUGCCCUGGCUGGUACUAGUGCGCCCCAUUUUUUUUUUUGUAAUAAAAGGUUUCUCCUGUA